UUGCCCUGGCUGCCACUGGCAGUGGGACUGAGUUUAAAUGAACAAGGAGGAAGACAGGGUUCAAUCUGCUUACCUAACUGGAAAGAAAAAAGAAGAAGAUAUUUCCACUGAAGGCUGGCUUAACUGUUUAUGUACACUAAGAUGGAUCUCCCAUCUGUUACGGUCCUGCCCCUGCUAAUAGUGGUUUUCACUGGAGUUUACUAUGUUUACAAUGAGGUCAUGCGGUUCAUGUCCAAGUCCAUGGUGCAGAACAAAGUGGUGGUGAUCACAGACGCCGUAUCUGGGAUGGGAAGUGAGUGUGCCAGACUGUUUCAUGAAGGUGGUGCGAGGCUGGUUUUGUGUGGGCCGAGGUGGGACAAGCUUGAAUCUCUGCAUGAUUCGCUGUGCAGUGGAUCAGACCCCAGUAAAACUUUCACACCCAAGCUGGUGCUGCUGGACUUCAGCGAUAUGGAGAACAUUUCAGAUGUGAUCGCAGAGAUUGGCGAGUGCUAUGGCUGUGUGGAUGUUCUGAUAUGCAACAGCAGCAUGAAGGUCAAAGCCCCAGUGCAGAAUCACUCCCUGGAGAUGGACAAAACUGUCAUGGAUGUCAACUAUUUUGGACCUAUUACGUUGGCCAAAGGUGUCCUGCCAUUAAUGAUCACUAGAAGGACAGGACAAUUUGUAUUGGCCAACAGCAUCCAAGGGAAACUGGCUCUCCCAUUCCGUACCUCUUAUGCCGCCUCCAAGCAUGCAGUCCAGGCUUUCUUCGACUGCCUGAGAGCAGAGGUGGAGGAGUAUGGGAUCUCUGUCAGUACAAUCAGUCACACCUUCAUUAACUCAGUACCACAGAACACCACUCCCUCCAAAACCCCACCCACCAAUCCCCUCUGGGCAUACAUCUCUUGCCUGCUGAACACUCAUGGGGUGAGUCCCAACGACCUGGCCCAUGAGAUUGUGAGAACGGUGAACAGGCACAGACGAGAAGUGCUUCUUGCCCACCCCAUCCCCUGGAUCGCCCUGUAUAUCCGCUCUUUGCUCCCCAGCUUCUUCUUUGCUGUGGUGGCUGCUGGGGUGAAGGAUGGAGCCAUGGCUGAGCAGCUAAAAUAGAUGAACUGUGGAAAGAGGACUGAAUGAAUAGAAUUAAGGAAUGACCUGAGUCGUUGUUGUUUUAUUUCAUGAGCUUUGAACUCCUUUCUGGUCUAGCAGUACACAGUAGGGGGGAUCUUCUGAUUAGGGGGGAUCUUCUGAUGUAAAAAUACAUGAAAACAUCUUAUAUUUUGAUCUGGUUAGAAAUAGGAUGCUUUUAUUUAUCUUGGAAUUUCUGGAGACUGAGUAGGCUAAUGAGACAUUCUUUGCAAGAUUAAAUCAUAUAAAAUAAUCUUUAGUCAUUCUACACAUUUACACAAUAAAGCUUGUGACUCGACUCCUUUGAAAUGUUGUUAUCAGCCCAAGAUGCUUUCAUACACAAUAUUGAGAUUAUAUCAAUGGUAUGCUAUAGAUAAUUGCAAAAAACUGAGUACAUUAUUUUAGGAUGCCAUUAUGCUUGAUAUAAGUUUUAAAGGAAUAGUUAAUCUGAAUUAUUUUUAUUUAUUUUUUUUUGUCCAAAAGUGUUGUUCCUAACCUGUAUGACUUUCUUUCUAUCGUGGAAGACAAAACGAGAUGAUAGGCCCAAUAUUAGCCUUAGUCACCAUUCACUUUCAUUGUAUCUCUUUACAAUGCUCCAGUCUGCCAUCCUAACAUUACUAUAUGGCAUCUUUUUAAUGUAAUAUAAUAUUAAAAUUGUGUACUAUAAA